AUGUCUUUCAGCGUCAACAGAGCAGUUUGCACUGCAAACAUGUACCUGUGGAAUGGCAAUACCCCGAUCGUGAUUUCUGAUAUUGAUGGAACUAUCACCAAGUCGGAUGCGCUGGGGCAUGUUCUAAAUAUGAUCGGACGCGAUUGGACUCACGCGGGAGUCGCCAAAUUGUACACUGACAUUGUCAACAAUGGCUACAAUAUCAUGUAUCUUACGAGUCGGUCUGUAGGCCAGACAGAUACCACACGGGCCUAUCUUCAUGGUAUUUGCCAAGAUGGAUACAGACUACCAAGAGGUCCAGUAAUCUGCAGCCCCGAUCGCACGAUGGCCGCUCUGAGGCGAGAGAUCUAUUUGCGAAAACCAGAAGUCUUCAAGAUGGCGUGCCUGCGGGAUAUUCUCAAUCUCUUCUGUGGAAAAGAGAAUCCCUUCUAUGCUGGCUUCGGAAAUCGAUUGACAGACGCAUUGAGUUAUCGUUCUGUGAACAUUCCGUCAACUCGGAUUUUCACAAUCAACUCUAACGCUGAAGUGUCUCUUGAUUUGCUUAGUCUCAACAAGUACAAGAGCAGUUAUGUGACGAUGCAAGAGCUUCUGGACCAUUUCUUUCCACCAACCAGCCUUCUUGUGCACGACGGUGGCGAGGAAUAUACCGAUUUCACGUACUGGAGGAACACGCCGCAUGAGCUCGAAGACUUUUCGACAACAGACAGCGAGGAUGAAGAUGAAGAUGAGGAAGAUGUUGAUGAAGACCUGGCAGAAGAAGAUGAAGAUGGUGAUGAUGAUGGGGACUAUGAUGAAGACUUGAGCGAUGGUGAAGGUAGCGAGUACCUCGACGAGGCUGAGUUGGCCGAGGAGGAUCUCGGCGCAAGCUACAUAUCGCAGGAUUCAGCUGCCUUGUCCAACCCAGCAGGCUCAAUAAUCGAGUCGGUGGAAGGGGAUCUCAGGGUCGAAGAGGGAGCUAUCGGUGAAGAGGAACUGCCUCCCACCACCGAGAAACCAGAAGAAGCAAGCGAGCCGAGCACAACCUCUCUUCCCAUUCGGUCCAAGAUGCCCCAGAAACCUUGA